GAUGAAGGAAACGAAUAAAAGAAUUAUCUUUGGAACCUUUCGUUUGGGAAUUUUUCUUGUGAUUCUCAUUACUGCGCUAGAAUUCGACAUACCAUCUAUCCGUCCGAUGAAAAUGAUGCUCAGGACAGCCAGCAGAUAUUCAAACAUGACAAGCGAAGAAGACUGGGAUUUUAACUUCCCGAAUAUAAAAUCACCAAGAGAGUUCAACACAGAAUUGCAUGGAAGUGCGGACAAACACCUCCGACAGCUUCAGAUGGACCUCUACUACACGAGACAAUUCGUUAUAUGGCAAAUGGGACAACUAAACAAACGGUUACAAAACAAUGCCAAAGGGGGAAACCUUGGCGUUAUUGCUGAGGAUAUCAAACACUAUUUCAGGCGAGUCUACACUUCUCGGCGAAGAGUAGAAGGAACUACAAUGCAGGGUCCAAAAAGGAUGAGUUCCUCAUUGUGGUACAAAUUGUCGUUCCUUCCAGUAUGGGAGCAGGUCGGGGUCAAAUUCGUCACAGUUGACAGGGAAACCAUCUCUCACUGUCGAGGAGCUUGA